CCUACAGUAUGACAUUGCACUGCUGUUCAAGGGCCACUCCCCUUUACCUGAAGCAAAACAGUUAUUCUGGUGUACUGUUCGUUGAGGUAUACACAAUAGGAACUCAGUCUAGUGUGAGAGUAACAGACAGGAAAAGGCUUCAGUUUCAGAGAAAAAAGUGCUGAGACGCUGAGACAGACACUCUUCUGCUUGCUGAUAGUGUUUUCUGCUGCUUUUCUGAACUGUCAAGAGGACAGGAAUAGCCAGCCCAUGGAAAUGCCAGAAAUGGAUGUUGACCUUUCUCUCUUCGUUGAAUUCCUCAACUUCACUUAUCCUCCCAUAGACGAGCUCAUGGGGGUCCCUUGUAACGUCUCUAUCCUGGGCUUGAGCAGUGUUGGUCUAAUGAUCACCUAUAUCGCUGUGUUCAUCUUCAGUGUGCUGGGUAACAGUGUAGUCAUCUACGUGGUGUGCUGCAUGGCUAGGGGCCGGACCACCACAGACGUCUAUCUGAUGCACCUGGCAAUGGCUGACCUCCUCUUCUCCUCGACCCUCCCCUUCUGGGCCGUCUAUGUCUACUCCCACUGGAUUUUCGGUACCUUCCUCUGCAAGUUCCUGUCUGGCCUCCAGGAUGCUGCCUUUUAUUGUGGGGUUUUCCUGUUAGCGUGCAUUAGUGUGGACCGCUACCUGGCUAUCGUGAAGGCCACGCGGGCACUGGCCCAGCGGCGCCACCUGGUGGGGUUGGUGUGCGGAGCCGUGUGGCUGGGGGCGGGGCUACUCUCGUUGCCCGUGGCACUCCAACGGGAGGCUAUCCAACCUGAGGAUCUUGAAGGCCAGAUCAUCUGCUUUGAGAACCUGACUGCGGCGAGCAGCGAUCGGUGGCGGGUGGGUGUGCGGGUGAUUCGCCACGUGCUGGGCUUCUUCCUGCCACUGUCGGUCAUGGUCGUCUGCUACAGCUGCACUGCAGCGACGCUGUUCCGUGGCGUGCGCAACGGCGGCCAGAAGCACAAGGCCAUGCGCGUCAUCCUGGCCGUGGUGCUGGCGUUCGUGGCUUGCUGGCUGCCGCGCAACAUCAGCGUGCUGGUAGACACGCUGAUGCGGAGCGGCUCGCUGGGCGAGGAGACGUGUGAGUUCCAGAACAAGGUGAGCGUGGCGCUGUAUGUGACUGAGGUGAUGGCCUUCACGCACUGCGCCGUCAACCCCGUGCUGUAUGCCUUCAUCGGGCAGAAGUUCCGGAACCAGCUCUUGGUGGUGCUCCACAAGCAUGGGCUGAUCAGCAAGAGGUUGAUGGUGGCGUACCGCAGUGGCUCAGUCAACAGCACGGCCAGUCAAAGGUCUAGGAACACCUCUGUUACCCUGUAAGGUUUCAGUAAUCAGGGGGUGGUGUGGAAGGGGUGAGUUUCACUGGUUCCUCACAACGUAUGGUCAGGGGUGCGGGCAUGGCGAGAAACUUGUUCUUCAUGUUCUAGGGGUGUGUGUGUGUGUGUGUGUGUGUGUGUGUGUGUGUGUGUGUGUGUGUGUGUGUGUGUGUGUGUGUGUGUGUGUGUGUGUGUGUGUGUGUGUGUGUGUGUGUGUGUGUGUGUGUGUGGUCUGUGGUAGAGGUUGGGGGCAUGGAUGAUUCUAUUGUAUAGGUCCAAUCCAAUGUUUUUCAUGUGAUGCUUCAAUGCUUGCUAAGUAUAAACAACAUACAUGUCAAGGCCUAAUGUGUAUUAAAUCUUCAUAUUGCAACUUUUUCUUUGUCAAUGCCUGAAAUAACUAUUUGAGAAGAGCCGGAACAUUGUGAUAUUUUUCAAGUGAUGACCUGAUAAUGAAAGUCUUAUCUACCAAAACAGAGGGAAAUAGUUACGUGGGCGAAAUGACUCAAUCUGUAUUGCAAAAGAUGUUGCCAUAUUUUCGCUCUGUUUACUUGCAUCCUCAUUCCUCAAUGACCACCACUGCAUCUCUCACUUACCUCCUCAAUUGCAUAAUUGGAUCAAUCUGCUGUAUAGGUCUAUGGGUCGUUCCACGAACAGAGUGCAGUUUAUGUCCCUCAGACAUUGUGUUUACAUUUAGAUAAAACACUCAAUUUAAGAGUUGGAUCACAUACAUCUCUAACUAAACCAUGUUGAAAUUUCCAAUAGUACCCUUACAGAAAAAACAUGCACUUCACAUGUGAACGCAUGUGAUAUCGUGAUGAUCACAUGAUUAAAUGUGAAGUUAAUGUGAUAACAUGCAUGUGAAGCAAAAUGUGAUAGCAUAAAACUGCACGUGAUAGCAUGAUCUCAUGUGAACUGUAACAUCUCUGGGGUAGAUGGAUGAUUCUAUUGUAUAGGUCCAAUCCAGUUUUUUCCUUCUAAUUUUUCCUUUAUUUCACUAGGCAAUACAGUUAAGAACAAACUCUUAUU